CUCCAGGCUGGAAAUAUGAAGCGAGCAGGUGUUCACACGAGAAGCCAGACCAAAAAACAAAAAAUUUGGACAGGUUGGCGAGGAAAUUCGCAUCCCGACAAUCCUUUUGAAGAGGAAUUUGGCAGUUUAAGUAAUUCUGGUCAAGGUGUCUGGACGAAACUCAGUAAAGAAGUCACCUCAAAUUUAGCGGGCACUGUUGUAUCGCUUGCUUCAUUUGCUGAUGAAAACACCGUGUUUUUUGCAUGCACCGGCAUAGUUAUCGCAAACAAGCCAACUGUGCCAACCAUUACAAGCUUUCUGACUUCAUUAAGUUUGGUUAGAUCUAUUGAUGAUGAUACCAAGAUCCUUCAUGAUAUGACGAUUGAAGUGCGCCUUCCGGAUAACACACUUGAACUGGGAUGGUUGGAAUUCUACGAUUUGACAUACAAUGUCGCGGUUAUCAAUAUCGCUCGCUACCAUUCUCUAAAAGUAACAUGUCUAGAUCAUCAGCGGCAAUUUGAGUCUCACAGUAAAGUAGUUGCCGUAGGGCGUUGCUUCAACUCAGGAAAAUUAAUGGCCACAGCUGGGAAGUUGACUGAAAAUCCAAAAGGAACUUACCGGGAGGAGCUUGCCAUCUCCACAUGUAAAAUUACUAUGACUGGAGUUGGAGGGCCCCUUGUUGAUUUUAAUGGGGAUUUCAUCGGGAUGAACUUUUAUGCUGAGAAAGAGACUCCAUUCCUACCAAGGUUUAAAAUUCUUGAACUCCUGUCGCAGUUCAGGAAAACAAUUCAGUGGUGGGCUACAAAUAAGGAAGGACCUGGUAGUAAAAUUGAAAGAUUUCCCAGACCUUAUAAGCCUGAUUCAGAAGACAGCUCAAGGAAGGGAGAGAAAUUUAAGGAUAAGAAACCUUCCAUAUGUACUCUCUGUGAUCCAGAAUGUCAACCAGGACUCAUGGAUAGAUUAUUAUUAGAGCGGAAGUCUUUAUGGUCUGGGCGGCCAAGUUAUCCUUAUUUUGGUGUUGCUACAAAAAAAGAGCUGAGGUCCAAUGGUUCUCCCCUCCCAGUUUGGGAGAAUGUGGGCAUGCGUUUGCUUAACAAUUUUGAAGAGAAAUUUAGUGAAGAUAUCUGGGGUAAACUCGAAAGAAACGUUGCUUCAAAUAUGUCUCAAAGUGUUGUCGCAUUGGCUUCAUUCAGUGGAAAAACAAGGUGUUUUGCUUGCACAGGCAUAUUCAUAGACUGCAAUGGGUCCACUACAAGAGUUCUGACCUCGGCAAGUUUGGUUAGAACUUCUGACAAUGAAAACAAGGUUGCUGAUAACCUUAAGAUUGUAGUGUGCCUUCCAGACAAUCGUCAUACCAGAGGGACAUUGCAACAUUACAGUCUACAUUAUAACAUUGCCGUAGUCCACAUCAAGAAUUUCUGCUGUACUCAGACAACACAAAUCGAUAACCAGAUGCUAAUUAAACCUCAGAAGGAGGUAGUAGCUAUAGGGCGCGUCUACCAAUCAGGCAAUUUAAUGGCCACAAGUGGGAUCGUGAUUGACAAACCAAGUAAGCUUGGUUGCAAAGAGCUUAAGAUUUCCACCUGUAAAAUCACCAAGGCUGGGAUUGGAGGGCCUCUUAUUGAUUUUGAUGGAAAUUUUAUUGGCAUGAACUUCUAUGGCUUGGAAGAGGCUCCAUACAUACCAGUGAAUAUAAUUAUAAAAGUCUUGAAGAAUUUUGAUGCACAAGGGACUCUUGCUAGAGACGAUGAUGAUAGCCCAAACAGAUGGCCCGUGCCCAAGCCAUUUUGGUGCUAUCCGGAGUGGCACGAGCUUGAGGAAGGAAUAGAUGUGGAAGAAGAACUUAAAUAUCUGCGGCAGCGGCAACAAUUCUAACCUGAUGAAGUGUAUCUCGAUGCAUGUGCGCCUAUCUUUGCCCUCAAGCUGCUGAUCCAGUUGAAGCACAACCUGAUCCUGUCUAGCAAGUAUGAAGUGUUUGUAACUUAACUAAUCUGAAGCCUGAAAUACUAGUUUACGAACGUACGCCUCUUGAUGUGAUGGACCUGUACUAAGGCUGAACUGGAGCCGUUAAGAGAUGGUUUGCGGGAGACCGUCGUAUUUUUUGCUA